AUGCCUCCUCAACCUCCAAUCUUCCUUCUCAAAACCAAGUCCUCUCCUCAUGAUGGCUACGAGGACUACUUCUCCGCCAACUAUACCCCCACCUUCAUCCCCGUCCUCGAGCACCGCUUCCACAACGAGAAUCUCUCCACCGUCCGCGAACUCUUCGCCUCUGGCUCGUUCACGCCCUCCGCCUCGCCGGAGCACAUUGCCCGCGACCCCAAUGGCGCGCCCAAGAAGUAUGGCGGCCUCAUAUUCACUAGCCAGCGCGCCGUCGAGGCCUUCGCCGCCAUGAUCGACUCCCACGGCCGUACGAGCACCCAGACCUCUAACAAUCUCAUCUCCCAGUCCCAUCCGCCCCCCCCAAUUCCCUCAAUCCCCCUCUACACCGUCGGCCCCGCCACCGCCCGCUCCCUCACAACCCUCCGCGACACCCACUUCCCUACCGCCACCAUCCACGGCGCCGACUCCGGCAACGGCGCCCACCUCGCCGAGUUCAUCCUCCAGCAUUAUAACGCCCUGCACGCCGCCUCACCCACCAAGCCCGCCCUCCUCUUCCUCGUCGGCGAGACCCGCCGCGACAUCAUCCCCAAGACCCUGUCCGACCCCGCGCGCGCCCCGUCCGAGCGCGUUACCGUCGAUGAGCUGGUCGUCUACGAGACGGGCGCAGUGCCGUCGUUCGAGGGCGCGUUCGCGCGCGCGGUGCAGGAGUGCACGGGCGUGCUGUGGGUUGUUGUGUUUUCGCCGACGGGGUGCGAGGCUGUUGUGCGGGUGUUGGGGCGGGGGUCGUUUGCGCGGGAAAGAAGGGAGGGAGAGGGCGGGAAGGAGGAGAAUGAGGAGGAGGCUAAGAGGGAGGUAUUGAUUGCGACGAUUGGACCGACGACGAGGGAUUAUCUGAGGGCGGAGUUUGGGGUUGAGGCGGAUGUUUGUGCGGAGAAGCCGAGUCCUGAAGGGGUUGGGGAAGGCAUUCGGAGGUUUAUGGAGGGGAGGACAGGGGGCGUGUAA